UGCCAUAUCCCGCACGCUUCGCCCCACCACUAACAACCAAACACAACCGACUAGAUGUCUUUACAGAGAGCGGGGGGAGUGAAGAUUUUCGAGAAAGCAGAGCAGGCGCCGCAGCUACGACUUCCACUUCCAACUUCCACCUCCAAUGGUGUCCUACGAUCGCGACCAUCACCAUAGCAACGGCAACAACUCCAGUGGUCCUUCGAAGGAGAGUGAGCCCUCCGCCGGCUUUUGCAGGGAGCUUUUCGAUCUCAUACGUGACCUCUUCAACGCCCUUAACCUGUCUGGAAGAGUCAGUGACGAUGAUUCCGAGGAAGCAUUUCUGGCCCAAAACGAGGCGGGGCGAUUUCGCAUCUGGGGGUCUGGCUUCGACGUUGCAGAUGGCGGGCUGGACGAGCUGUUGGAUGGAUCGGUGUUGCAGGGUGCGGUCGUGGUGCAGUUCGUUGGGAUCGCUCGAAAACUGAGUCGAUAUGUCGAACGCGAUUCCGACCUCUUUCGCUACCUCACAUCCACACUCGAAAAGGCAGAAUAUCUCUUCCCCGAAGCUGUCGAAGACGGAGAUGAGGAUGAGUUGGAUCUCCUGGAAACCCUCGAGGAUGUCUCGAUCCUCAAUGACGGGCUAUAUCAGCUCACUCCCUUCCUCGAAUCGAUCCCGAUCGAAUAUGAGGAGAAUGGAGAGCAUCAACAUCCUGGCCUUAUCACCACGGGCACGGCGGAGAUCAAAGCGCUGUAUGUCAACAUCCUCGACAAAUGGCCCUCAGCAGAGGUCAACAUUGCGCUGGUAGACCGUCUGGCAACGUUGAACGGGCGACGCAAAAAGCGAAUAUGGGAAUUGAAGGAAAAGCACGAAAGAGCUCCACCGGAACCACCCAGCGCAGGAGGAGGGGGGCUAGGGUAUUCCCCUAGCUCAUAUGCCCCAUCAACCAGGUACACUAUGGGCUCUAGUAUUGCUUCGAUACCGUCGAGUCUUCAGACAUUACAGGAUGAUCGCAACUACGCCAGGAGCGAGGCAAGCAUGAGUUCACUUAACAGCAUGGACCUGGCAGUUGUUGGAGUCACCACGAUACCACCACCGCCCGUGAGAUUGGGUCCUGGUGUUAGCUUCCAGUGCAAUCUGUGCUUUGAGACAUUGCACGGAGUCGAAACGAAGUAUCGAUGGAAAAAGCACGUAUUCAAAGACCUACAGCCCUACAGUUGCUCGUUCUUACAAUGCCCACUACCCGUAACUCAUCUCUUCAACUCUCGCACUGAAUGGGUAAACCACGAAUUCGACGUGCACCGAUCUCUCCCUUGCUGGAUUUGCAUAACCGACUGCGGCCUUGAGUUCGACGACCAACACACCUUCCGCGACCACCUUACAGCCCAUCUCGGUACCGAAAUUCCGGAUAACGAGCUCACCGAAAUAGUGAGGAAAUGCGGGCAGAGAAAACCUAUGCCUGCAACGCAGACAACCGUGUGCCCCUUAUGCCGCGAAACGAUCCCGGAGACGAAACGGAGCAUAAGCAAGCAUCUUGGGAGGCAUAUGGAAGAGAUUUCGCUUGCAGUCGUGCCGACGGAGAACUACAACCUCGAAUGGGAAGAAAGCUCCGAAGAGGGCGAAGCGAGCUCCACAGAUGAGGAAGGCGAUGGGGGGAUCGGUCAUCAUCUCACCAUGGAAGCCCGGAGGAGGAGUACAGAAAUCGUCGCCAGCGUGCUGACAACAUGUUUCAAUCGUAUACAUGAAAGGUAUUCAAAGCUGUUAACGUCUGUUGAUAAUCCGGAUUGGAAGAAGGGGGUAUUUUCGCUCGUGAAGACCUAUGAUGCGAGUGGCAAGUGCCUAGAUGUUAUGAGGGAGGAUCUUUUAGCAGAGAUAUCGAUAAUGUUAGGAGACGAGCCGGAAAUCGUGGGCAUCAGAAGCGCAGCUAGUUCGACCGAGGACUACGACUUGUUUCUCGAUCAGAAAAUAUACGAUCAGGUUUAUUACCAUCUACACACCAGACAGGCAGCCCCUGCAUUUCAACAAUGCCACAACUGCGAAGAUGUCUUCACAUCGAGCAGGCGGGAUUGCCCUAAUUGCGGCCAUAAUUUCUGUACCCACUGUGGAAGUGCUAUUCUUGCAGCAAGCAUGCAUUCUGCGGUUGAGGGUCAGCUCGUGGGAUCCGUAUUGCCAAAGCUCGCGAACAGGCCGCCAGUACCCAACGACCAUAUUGGGCCAAGCUCAUAUACUCCGGAUAAUCUUUCACACCUUUCUAGUCCUCUCCAAACCAAACAGUCCGAACCUGACGCCCCUGACGUCGUCUUGUACCCUCCGGGCCCUCCAGACCCUCCAGAAAUUACCAUCACACCAAGCCCAGAGCUUCAAGCUAAGCGGCCUGAACCGAAACCAACCGCCGUAGCCGGCUCUGCCACUGGAACCGAUGCUGGAACCAGUGCUGAUGUGGUCACUCGAUCCAUCGUCGUUGAUAAGAAGCACUACCCCCGGUUGAUUGGGGCAGGCGGUGCAACACUGGCCACGAUCAUUUUAGAAUCAGGAGGCCCAGUCACUAAAUCAGCGCAAUCUCGAGUGGUGCGAUUUCCUCGAUCUGACUCGCCGUCGAAACGGGUGGUCGUAACGGCAAGUCUACCCGUGGCCGAGGCCAUCGUGGAACGCAUCAAACUCAUGGUCGCCGAGUUUGAUGGGAAAGGCCCGAAGCCGAACGACCCCAUUACCCCGAAGGAUCAAGUUAGGGAACGUUACGAGAGGGUAGAGCAGAUGGCUACUCAGGGUCGCAGCCCUGCCAUAUCGGAGGCGGAUAGUCGGAACGCCAGUCCUAGUCGACCAACCAUUUCCGUGGGGAGGGCCGCCUCUCAGACUGCAGUACCACCCCCCUCUUUUUAUUUGAUGUUUCCUCCAUGAAAGGUUACUAACGAACCGAAUGUAGGAGAUCCGCGGGAAAGGAAAAGCACCGGUUAUACGGCCAUCGCCAGAAGUAAAACCGUGGGACGAUGAAAAUAUAGACGGCCAAUACCAUCAGGAGCCAGCACCGAGGACUAAGGGUUCGCGCAGAAGAGACAGGAAGAAAAAGGGGGAUUCUGCUCGUCGGGAAGCUGAGCCAUAGGGAGCCUGCUCAUGAAGGAAAUGAGAUGGUUGUGGACUGUACAUUAUAAUGGACGGGGAUGAAGUCUAGAGACAAUUAUAGAGGU